AUGGCCGAGCCCAAGUUCCCCCAACUCGAGAAGCUCGAGGAGAAGUUCGAGAAGCUCGACAAGGACGACCUCAAGAAAGCCUUCGACUUGUCCCAUUUCGAUCUCAAUGCCGUUCUGAGGGGCAUCCAGUUGACUCUCGUUGGAGCCAAUCGAGCCUUGCAGAACCCUGCCAUCUUUACGAAUGAGCACUACAGGCAAGCCGCACUCGCUGUCGGUGCCGGCGUCGCAAUACGCCUGGCUAUCUCUAUCCCGAUUAUCGGCAUCAAGCUCUUACUAGGCUUCUCGUCACUGUUCAUCAAUCUCGACAGGACCACCUGGGAUGAUACCUUGGUCAACGGUCUCGACCUCAUUGCCAACCAUGUCCUGCAAAUCCCGCUUUUCCUCAUGACGCUGAUGAGAUACGCUACCCCAACCCUCGACAACAUGUUCAUGGAUUCACUACGCUGGGUGGAUAUGACUUAUGUCUCCAAGCAUAAGAACGAGGAUCCGGACAACCUUCGUGACAUGUAUUACCCAAACCUUCGCCAGUACAAACAGAAAGAUGGGAGCACGCACUCGACCAGCACUGCCGAGGCCAUCAGCAUGUUUCUCUGGCGCUUCGCUCGGAAAGCUAUGAUUUCCCUGGCCAUCUUCGCCUUGUCGUACGUCCCAGUCGUUGGCCGACUGGUGCUUCCAGCCGCCGGUUUCUAUACCUUCAACAAGGCUGUUGGGCUGGGUCCAGCUGCCGUCAUCUUUGGCACCGGUAUCUUUCUACCGAAGCGUUACCUUGUCAUCUUCCUACAGACCUACUUCUCAUCUCGAAGCUUGAUGCGCGAACUGCUCGAGCCAUACUUCGCUCGCAUCCACAUGACCAAGGAGCAGAAACGGAAUUGGUUCCACAGCCGGGAGGGCCUGUUAUUCGGCUUCGGUAUAGGCUUUUAUACGCUCCUGCGCGUUCCUUUGCUUGGUGUGUUGAUAUACGGCAUUGCCGAGGCGUCCACUGCGUACCUCGUGACCAAGAUCACAGACCCUCCACCGGAUCCCAAAUCCCCUGAGCGAGAACAGUUCGCCGCCAGCCAGCAGGUCUGGAGAAACAAGCACGAGUUCCUUAGCCUCUCACUCGCAAAUCUCGACACCAUACAUGGCGGUAAGCCUCCAUCAGAGGAUGCAUCUGUAAAGCAGGAGGGUAGAAAAGAUCUCUGA